UCCAUCUGUCUCUGUCUACUCUUCUUCUUUCUCCUCUCCUUGUCGUUCUUCUUCUUCUUCUUCGGCACAAAUCUCACCUGAUUCUGAUUACUACCAUACACUAAACCCACCUUCAGAGCAGAAGCAGAUCCCUUCGCCAAUGCUUAAAUCCCCUCACCCCCACUAUUCAGUUCCAAAUCCCCACCGGUAGUAACCACAACGGAAGCAGACCCUCCUCCCGAUCUUCUCCCCCUUUCCUCCGCACCCACAUAGCAAUGAUCGAAGCCCAUGGCCUUUGUAGGUUCUGGGCAUCAGCCUUCCUCUCCUCCCACAAGGCCCUCUUCGCCGUCCUCUGGGUCGCCGCUUUCGGGUCGGUCUUCCUGUGGCAGCGCAACGUCCCCGGAGGAUCCCUGUUCGGAUGGCGCGGGGUUGGCGUGGCCCCCCCGGUUGCGGCCCGGCCAUUCCCGAGGCUGAGGGGGAAUGCCUUCAAUCUGACUGAUUUUGGGGCGGUGGGCGACGGGGUGACCCUCAACACGGAGGCGUUCGAGCGGGCCAUGAUAGCUAUCGGGAAGCUGGGGCGGGCGGGCGGUGGGCAGCUGAAUGUGCCGCCUGGGCGUUGGCUCACCGCUCCGUUCAAUCUCACCAGCCACAUGACUAUGUUCCUCGCCGAGGGAGCUGUUAUUCUUGGCAUUGAGGAUCAGAAGUACUGGCCUUUGAUGCCUCCUCUUCCUUCUUAUGGUUAUGGUAGAGAACACCGUGGACCUCGGUAUGGGAGCUUGCUUCAUGGUCAAAAUCUUAGAGAUGUCGUGAUAACAGGGCAUAAUGGUACCAUAAAUGGACAGGGUCAAAUCUGGUGGAAAAGAUAUCGUCAGAAGCUUUUGAAUCACACAAGGGGCCCACUGAUCCAGAUCAUGUGGUCCAGUGAUAUUGUGCUCUCCAACAUAACUCUGCAGGACUCUCCAUUCUGGACUUUCCAUCCAUAUGACUGCAAGAAUGUGACAGUUAAGAAUGUCACCAUCUUGAAUCCCAUUUUUCAGGCACCAAAUACAGAUGGGAUAGAUCCAGAUUCUUGUGAGGAUAUGGUGAUUGAGGACUGCUACAUUAGUGUUGGGGAUGAUGCUAUUGCAAUAAAGAGUGGGUGGGAUCAAUAUGGAAUUGCUUAUGGGCGACCUUCCAAGAACAUCCUCAUCCGGAACCUUGUCGUGCGCUCUAUGGUCAGCGCUGGCGUAUCCAUAGGCAGUGAGAUGUCUGGAGGUGUCUCAAAUGUGACAGUGGAGAACCUACUCGUGUGGGACUCAAGACGGGCGGUCCGUAUCAAAACUGCCCCGGGAAGAGGCGGCUAUGUCCGGGACAUAACCUAUCGAAACUUGACCUUUGACAAUGUCAGGGUUGGGAUUGUGAUAAAGACUGACUACAAUGAGCACCCCGACGAGGGUUAUGACCCUAAGGCGCUCCCUGCACUUAAGGGCAUAACCUUUAGUGGGGUCCAUGGGCAGGGAGUUCGUGUGCCUGUCAGGAUCCAUGGGAGUGAGGAGAUCCCCGUGAAGAACGUGACCUUCUGGGACAUGUCCGUGGGAACUACAUACAAGAAGAAGCACAUUUUCCAGUGUGCAUUUGUGCAGGGCCGAGUUAUUGGGUCUGUGUUCCCUGCACCAUGCGACAACCUUGACCGCUACGAUGAGAAAGGCAAUCUUGUGAAGAGGUCUGCCUCUCAGAACGUGACGGACAUUGACUAUGACAUCUGAGACGGGGGCCUGCUGGCCCCGGCAUAUUACCCUUUUUUUCGACUUUUCCUUCUAAGACUUCAUCCUAUAGCUUUUCUUUCUUGUUUUCAACAUGUUAGGUUUUCUUUCAGAGUUGUAUAUAUGGAACACACGGUACCCCCUUUAGGUUUCUGGAUAGGAAGCUUCUCUUGAGCAAAUGAUUCUAGAAAUUGUGUUAAAAUUGUUUCAAACUGAUUUUUCCGAAUAAGAUGGUUCAUGAAUAUGA